CAUAUUGUUGAACCUAUUAGCCUAAUUAGGGCCUACCUAUGUAUGCCAAUGUAUGACUUUCCCUUUGACAAUGUGUGAAUGUUAAACACCUAAUGAUAUGGACAUAGGGUAUUAUGUUGUAACAGUAUGCAGUUUGGAGUGAAUUCCUAAGUGAAAUGUCUGAAGAAUCACAUUCAAUAUAGCUUACAUGGCCAGAUAUAGAUUACAAUGAGUUCUCAUCAUACUGUCUUGCGGCAUGACCACUCAAAAACUUAUAAAGUUACCGGAACAGAGACACCUUUGUGGGUCAAAAUUGUGAGUGCUGGAGCAGGGGCAUGUAUCGCUGAAAUAUUUACGUUCCAGUUUGACACCGCCAAAGUCAGACUGCAGGUUCAGAGUAUGCAGGAUGGACCAAUGAGGUACAAAGGUGUAUGGAGAACCAUUGGGACCAUGGCAAAAGAGGAAGGCAUAAAGGGUUUAUACAGAGGGCUAACCCCUGCCCUACAUCGUCAGCUUGGCUUUGCCACCAUAAAACUGGGAUGUUACGACAGCACAAAACACUUCUACACAGACUUACUCUAUCAUGAUAAAGAGAUGCUUGCUCAUGUUCCUGUAAGUAUUCGGAUACUGGCAGGAGUAACAACGGGAGUCCUAGCAGUGGGAUUCGCACAGCCUACAGAAGUCGUCAAAGUGCGCAUGCAGGCCCAGUUUGGGACAAACAAGGGAAGAUACUCUGGCACAAUGCAAGCUUACAGACAUAUCUACAUCACAGAAGGGAUUAAAGGACUUUGGCGUGGAUGUGUCCCAAACAUGACAAGGAAUGGGAUCAUUAACAUAUCUGAGGUUGUGACCUAUGAUAUAAUCAACGAGUGCAUAAUUAGGAAUCAGAUACUCCAGGAUGGGAUGCCAUGUCACUUAGUGUCAGCCAUAGCAGCAGGAUUCUGUGCAACUGUUGUUUCAUCACCAGUGGAUGUAGUGAAGACUCGCUAUAUGAACUCUGUUAAAUCUCAGUAUAACAACAUACUUCACUGUACAAUGUCACUCUGGAAAAACCACGGCUUCUUUGGAUUUUACAAAGGAUUUUAUCCAGCACUAGUGAGACUUGGGACUUGGAAUACAUUUACAUUUCUAAGCUAUGAAAAAAUAAAGCUGCUUCUUCAUCCGAAUCCCUUAUCAUACACAGUAAUUCCAGCUCAGAGUGUAAAUAAGACAACAAAAGUACAUCUAGAUGGAAAACGUAGAUGAUGAGGGGUUAUGAAAGCCUGUAUUGAUAUAAGCAUGAGUACAGUAAAUAUCUGUAUAUGUGAUAACAAAUAUAACAAAUCCCUCAGAGACAAGAUUUUAACAUGUUUUAAAAUUAAUUUCUUUUUACGAAUUCUAGUCUUUCACCUGUUUAUGGAGGGUAUACUGUGUCAUAUGUACAUGUAUGUUUACUCAGGGUGCAUUUGAUUGUGUUGAACACUCUAAAUGCUUUAAAUUGGUGCUAAAGUUAGUACAAUUAAAAUUCCAGAUACUUUUAUUUUUUAUUAGCUUAUCUAAGCCGAAGGCUCAAGUGAACUUUUCUGAUCAAAUUUGUCCGUUGUCUGUCUUUGCAGUUGUUGGUAUCUUUUCACAAUUUUAUCUCUUUCUUCAGAACCACUGGGCCAAUUUCAACCAUAUUUGGCACAAAGUAUGUUUGGGUGAAGGGGAUUCAAACUGUUCAAAUGAAGGACCACAUCCUCCUCCAAGGGGAGAUAAUAAAGAUAGUGAAAAUUGGUUGCAGUCAUUUAGCAAGAGGCCCAAGGGCCUUGAAUCGCUCUUCUGAUAAACUGUACAACCUAACACUUCUAUUUGAAGCCUCUAAGUAUCCUGUAUAUUUGGAUAAACCCUUGAAAUUCCAAAGGUAGGUCAUCAUGACCUACAUUUUAGAUGAAACACUUGGAGAACCCAAGAUGAUUCUAAGCCAAUUAGUACCUGAGAGUUGGUCAUGGUGACUUACUUUUCACUUGUCAUUCUCUGAGGACCCAAGAUGCAUCAACUAAGUUUGAUGAUUCACAGUCACAGUGACCUACUUUUCAGAUGACAUACUAGUGACCUCCUUUUCAGUUGACUUACUCUGCGGACCCAAGUUGCAUCAACUGACAAAGUUUGAUGAUUCUAAGCCAAUUAACUUCCUGAAAUAUUUAAUUAAAGCCAUAAAUUUUCAAAAGUAGGUCAUGGUGACCUACUUUUCAGUCGACUUGCUCCGAAGACCCAAGAUGCAUCAACUGACAAAGUUUGAUGAAUCUAAGCCAAUUAGUACCCAAAAUAUUUAAUUAAAGCCAUAAAUUUUCUAAAGUAGGUCACGGUAACCUACUUUUCAGUUGACCUACUCCUAAGAUCCAAGAUGCAUCAACUGACAAACUUUGAUGAUUCUAAGCCAAUUAGUACCUGAAAUAUUUAA